UUAACUUUUAUUUUCUGUCAAAUUUAGCAUCUUACUUGGUUCCUAUUUUUAUGAUUUUCCUGUUUAGGUUAUGUUUUAUCAUUGUUUAAAUCCAUUAUUAUUGCAAAAUUUUACAUCUAUAUUUUUUGUAUUAUUCAGUUCGUUCUUAUAUUAUUAGUACUCGAUACACAUAAUUGUAAUUAUUUUGUGUACUUUUCUGUUAUAGUGACAAUGGCAGAAACAAAGAUCACUUUCAUUAGAGACUUGGACAAUAUGAAUGAUGAUUACACACUAAAAGUGUCUAUUAUCCGGCUGUGGAAAUCGCUUUCAGAUGGCAACCCCACUAUUGUCAGAUCAAUUGAGAUGAUACUCAUGGAUGAAAUGUGUACAAAAUCCGAGCAAGUGUGUAUCCAAGAGAUUUUCAAAGAUAUUAUUGGUGAAGUUGUUUCAUUAGGAAAGCUUGAUUCCCGUGAUGUCAGCAAAUCUCUACAUAGGCUGCCUUUACAAAUAAGAAACUUAGAAGGUUUGCAGGUUAAUGUUACGUUGUUUGGAGAUAUUGCAUACCAGUUAAUUUCUUAUCUUGAAGCUCAUAAAGAAGUUGGUCGUGUGAUUGUCCUUUUGCAAUUUGCAAGAAUUAAUGUCUAUAACGCAACACCUUCUGUGAACAGUUAUUUUGAACACACACGGAUGUUCAUAAAUGCUAAUCUUCCCGAAAUUGUUACAUUCACAGAUAGCUUGGUUGGAUUAAGAGGACUUCAAAACCCUUCUGCUUCUUUGACUGUUGAAAGCUCUAAAUCAUAUUCGGAAUUUGAUGACUUUUUGAAUAACUACAAAGUUAAAAAUGUUGUCGAUUUGAUAGAACCACAAGAGGUCGGCCAAUAUAUCAUUGUCGGGACCAUUUAUGGUAUUCGCCAAGAUAUUGAUUGGUAUUAUGAUGCGUGUACAAACUGUGGAAAGAAAGUUCAAACAGAAGAUUUGUUCAGUGGUGCAGAUAGUGGUGAUGCAAGUGUCGUUUUAAAAUGCAAUGGUGAUAAUUGUAAAAAUAAGACGAUCUCUUCUGUUCCAAGGUAUAAAAUACCUAUUCGUGUGCAAGAUGAUUCUGGAACAAUCACUCUAACUCUCUUCGAUAGAGAUGCUUAUAGAAUCGUCAAAAAACGCGCACGUGAUCUUAUAGAUAAAAUCAAACAGGCUGGGGAUAAUCCAAGAUUAUAUCCUUACGACCUCAAAUGUUUGGAGCAUAAAAAGAUGGCUUUUAAGAUAGAUGUUAACAGUUUUAAUGUAUCCAAUAACUACAAUCGGUUUGGGAUACUUGGCUAUACGGUUGAUAGUAACGUUAUCGAUGCUUUGGAAAAAAAGUUAGCUGUCGAGGCAGGUAGUCCUGCAAAUGCUGAUGAUACAGAAAUCGCAUCUCAUGAAGUAUCUCAAGAAACAAAGUCCUUAAAGGAUGCGAUAUCGCAAACAGGUGAUAAUUUGACCCCAACAUUGCCCGACAAAUUUGAAGCUACAAGUCCGUUCAAGUAUAAUUCCCCAACAACAGUAAAAAAACGAAAUGUUGGAGAUACCAUUGAUGUUGAUGAUUAUGAUAAUGUGAAUUCAUCCACCAAGGUCCCUCGAUUGAAUUCUAAAGUUGAUGGCAACACAGGUCUAUUAAUACCAAAGCUUGAAAAGUAA